AUGUCUUUUCCCGCUCGGUCGACCUCGCCUCGCGCGCGAAGGGCAUUGCACGAGCGUACCCCCUCUCACUCAAAUGAAAGAUCCCCAGCCCAGUCAUUGCGCAUGGUGCCGAACGAGGAGCUUGAUAUGUACACUGCGACCCCAUUUCCGACGAGACCCGAGCAGAUCCUGUUACCUCUCCCCGGCAAAGGACAACAACAAUACAUAUCAGACACCGGCUUCAGCUAUUCAGAUCAUUUAGGAUCGUCGGCAUAUUCCCCACCGGUUUUCACCCAACCGACACACAACAGCCCGAGAGACCACUCAAUUGGUGAGAGUUGGGAUGUAUCCUCCACCGUGGAUACCGGCAACUCGCCUCCGCAAUUGUGGGAUGACGACCCGUCCUCCAGCAAGUCAUCGUUGCCAGACGCGGGGAAAGCACCAGACUAUGGGUCCGAGAGUUCAGAACCCGAGUACUCGGAUGACGAGAUGAUGGUCCUGCCGACGACCACGCCAACUAUCAAAGCCGUGGUCUCCGAGUCAUCCAUGUCGCCAAAGUCCUCCGCGGAGUCUGUCACUAGUUAUUCCAGCCCUGUGCUCGAACAACACGGGGCCCCGUCAAGUCCGAACUUUGUUAUGCUGGAUAACUCGAGCGUGAACUUCAACAGUUCGGCUACAGCAUCGGAGUCAGAUCCACGAACAAACUCCCUCUCUUCGUAUAAUUCACGAGGAACUGUCGUCAGACAUGUCGGCUCUGCACCCUGGUUCCAAAAUGCCUUCCAACCAGCUUCAUCGGAUCAUUCAAGCUAUGGUUCCCCGUCAUUCAACUCCAGUCCACCCGCCCAGUCCAUCGCUUCAUUCCACUCCAGCCCACCCGCGCAAUCAAUAGCCUCAUUCCGUUCAUCAUCCAGGGCACCAUCAGGCAGCCGUUCCCAAUCAGCAACUUCUUCUUCGCGCAGCCUCCGCUCCGCUUCUGACUUGCAGGCAGCCAUUGACAAUGGCGUGCCUAUUCAAUACCCGCGGAUCCGCGCGCCAUCGUCUUCAAGCUCCCGUGCCGGCACAUCAGUUACAUCAGAACGCGACUUUACUCCCGGCCCCCCAUCCGGACGUUGUAAUCCCCACCUGGCAUCAGGACGCUGGAACCCGCACCUAUCAACAGUCUCAUCCGUCUGGUCCGCUGAUGAAUUAAGUAACCUCGCCGGACAAGCAGACACAGACUCAGACCGCGAAAUGACAGAGCCGACCCCACCACCACCAGCAGCCCUAAACCCAGAAACAACCAGAUCCUCCGUCUGGCUCGUCGACUCCUCAAACGACAGCGAGGAUGAGCGCCUCGACAGUCUGACCAAGCUCCCCACUCGCCCAGUGUUCUCCCAAAGUCUCUCCUCCGGCUCAAAACGAAGUAACAGCACCCGCAGCCUUCAACGCCCAGGCACGGGGACAAGCACAAUCCUCAACAUCCUCCCAACCUGGGCAAAAGUCUAUUACCUACGCGAACCAAUGGGCCUCAACUCAACACUCUCCAUGAUGGAUGCUAGCCGUCCAUCAUCUAUUCGUCCACCAUCUACUUAUCCACCAUCUACCCGCCCUCCAUCUACCCGCCCACCAUCCACGCGUCCAGGAACCGGAACCUCAAACUCAAGCGUCUUCAACCUCGUCCCAGGCCCCCUUAACGUCCCCCGCCCCCGCUCCCCAGAACGCAUAGCAUCUUCCCCACAGCGAAAUUCAAUUGCCCAGCGCGGUCUAGAAAAUGACCCGCGCGAUCCACGCGCCCACUGGGUCCCCUCACCGCAGCCCGAGGACGGCGAGUUCACCGGCAGCCACCUCCACCGCCUCCGACACAGUUGGUCACCACACCUCAUCCCAGACCGACGUGUUCUACAACGCUCGACAAGCCGAUGGCGUGCGCCAUCCCUCGACUCUCGCAACGAGCCCGUUUUCGGUCGUCGAAAUAUCCAGGUCUAUUCAUUCUGCCUGGGUUUUAUUUGCCCUGUUGCAUGGUGUGUUGCAGCGUUCCUGCCACUACCGCCGAAACCGAAGAUGCCGCAGAUGGUCGAGUAUGAGUCUAGUUCGGAUGUUGGUGCUGCGCUUGAGGCCCAGUGUGUGAAUUUACAGCAAAGGAGGAGAGAUAAUGCGCGCUGGUGGAGGAAUCUUAAUCGAUGGAUGAUCUCCCUUGGGGUUGUUAUUGUUGUUGUUAUCAUUGUGUUGGCUGUUAUUGGGACUACCACGGGUUUUUAG